GCGGGGCUGGGGAAGGCAAGGGCGGAGCCCGGCCUGGCUGAUCCCUAGCCCGGCUCCUGGGACCUGGUGAAGGUAGCAGUGCGACAGCGACAUGGCCGUUGCCUCCGAGGACAAUGUAUACCGUAACUCAAAUGCCACCUACAGAGCCUUGGGCAGCCCUCACAAAGCUGACCAGGAAGCCCUGCUUGGGAAACUACUAGACUACCCAGCCCCCGGCCUGCAGAGGCCAGAGGACCGCUUCAAUGGAGCCUACAUCAUCUUCUUCAGCCUGGGAAUUGGGGGCCUACUCCCCUGGAACUUUUUUGUUACUGCCAAGGAGUACUGGGCAUUCAAACUCCGCAACUGCUCCAGCCUGGCCUCGGGGACGGACUCUGAGGACACAGACAUCCUGAACUACUUUGAGAGCUACCUGGCGGUUGCCUCCACUGUUCCCUCCCUGCUCUGCCUCGCGGCCAACUUCCUGCUCAUCAACAGGGUCCAGGUGCAUGUCCGUGUCCUGGCCUCACUGUCCGUCUCACUGGCCAUCUUUGUGGUUAUGAUUGUGCUGGUGAAGGUGGACACUUCCUCCUGGACCCGAGGCUUCUUCACGGUCACCAUCGUGUGCAUGGCCAUCGUCAGCGGCUCCUCCACCAUCUUCAACAGCAGCGUGUAUGGCCUGACGGGCUCGUUCCCCAUGAGGAAUGCCCAGGCACUGAUAUCAGGAGGGGCCAUGGGAGGGACAAUCAGCGCUGUGGCCUCACUAGUGGACCUGGCAGCAUCCAGUGACGUGCGGGACAGCGCGCUCGCCUUCUUUCUCACCGCCGCGGUCUUCCUUGGGCUCUGUAUGGGGCUCUACCUGCUGCUGCCUCGGCUGGAGUAUGCCAGGUACUACAUGAGGCCAGUUGCCCCAGUCCACAUGUUUUCUGGUGAAGACAGCCCAUCACAGGACGCUCCUGGCACCUACUCGGUGGCCCCUGGAUCCAGAGUGGUACACACGCCACCCCUUGGACCUAUCCUGAAGAAGACGGCCGGCCUCGGGUUCUGUACCAUCUUCCUCUAUCUUAUCACUGCCCUCAUCUUUCCUGCCAUCUCCACCAACAUCCAGUCCGUGCACAGGGGCACCGGUUCCCCGUGGACCUCCAAGUUUUUUGUGCCCCUCACUGUCUUCCUCCUUUUCAACUUUGCUGACCUCUGCGGCCGACAGGUCACAGUCUGGAUCCAGGUGCCAGGUCCCAGGAGCAAGGUGCUCCCCGGACUGGCACUGUUGCGUGUCUGCCUCGUGCCUCUCUUUUUGCUUUGUAACUACCAGCCACGAUCACACCUGACUGUGGUGCUCUUCCAGUCCGACAUCUACCCUGUGCUCUUCACCUGCCUGUUGGGGCUCAGUAACGGCUACCUCACCACACUGGUGCUCAUCUACGGGCCCAAGAUCGUGCCCCGGGAGCUGGCGGAGGCCACCGGUGUAGUGAUGUCUUUCUACAUGUCUGUGGGCUUGAUGCUGGGUUCAGCCUGUGCAGCCCUGCUUGAACACUUUAUCUAGGAGGGGUGGCGAGGAUGUGUGUACCGUGUGAGGCUUGGGCCCUUGGGAGAGUCGCAUGGGGGAGCCGAGGUCUCAGAUGGUGUUAAGCAAGGGGCUGGUGUUUUGCUUGGUGUGGAGCAGAACCCACUCGGGCUGCCUUUCUCUAGGGGUGCUUUUGAGCCACAUCCUUGCACAUCCUGUGCAAGGAAGGAAACAUUCCAGACACAGCCCAGCAUGGUGGCUUAAACCUGUAAUCCCAGCAUUCACAAGGCUAAGCUGGAGGACUGCUGUGAAUUCGAGGCCAGUCUGGCCACAUAGAGAAGCCCUAACUCAAAAAAAAAAUAAGCUAAAACAAAAACCCCGAGACACUCCAAACACUUCAAGAGAACACUCCAGAGCCAUUUAAAGGACACAGUCGUGGCUAGAAUAUAGUGCUCAUUUCUCAUUCAUGAAGGGAAGCCCUGACUCCCAUCCCCAGCACUGCGUAAACUGGAUGUGUUAGUAAAAACCUGUAAUCUUAGCACUUGAGAGGUAGAAGCAAGAGGAUCAGAAGUUCAAGGUCAUCCUCAGCUACACGGGGAAUUUGAGGCCAACCUGGGCUACAUGAGACACUGUCUCAAAAACAAAAAAAAAGUACAGUUAUAAAGAGGGGGUUUGUUACCUUUGUGGCUAAUAAGUAGCCUGUCUAACUUGUGUUCUCACAAGGCCAGAACCCAGCCUCACUGUUUCCGGCUGGCAGCAAGCUGGGAGAGAAUCUUCAGUGAUUCCUCCACUGAAGGUGGCUCCUGGAUUCGAGGUCCCCUCUGCUAUGGCCAGUACUCAGACCUAGGGCUCAAGCAUGUGCUGAUCCCUGGGCUCUGUGGGUGAGAGUAGACAAUCUGGAAAGACCCACAAGGCGGGCUUCCUAACCCUUCCUGCCUGAGGCCUGGGCUCCUGAAGUCUCUCUGUGUCAGGGACUGGGCCUGGUAGGCCUGGUCUCCUGAUGAGGACCAUGUGGCCCAGGGGCCUGCAGCCUGUUUAAGGCAGGGGAAGUCUUUUUAAUAGUCAUGUUUACAGCCUGUUGGGGCACUCGGUUCAAGGGCAUAAUAAAUACUGGGGUUCUCAAUGUGAGCAUUGUUGGUGUCUCCAUCAGCUGAGGUCUUGGCAGGAAACAGCGUGUUGAGAUUGGGUGAUUUGGAGGGAUGUGGGGACAGGUACAGGAACCCCAAGGACUUGGGGUUCACUACCUUCCCCGUUGCUGUAACAAAAUACCCAAAUAAAGCUGCUCGAGGAAUGCA